GGCAAGAGAUGGCGAGGGACGCGAGCACACCGACACCAUGCACUGCUGAAGGGACGGGGGCCUUAACAUUUAGAAAAAAUAUUAAAACUUUAUAAAACAUAGAAAAAAGGGAAAAAAUAGAAAAGAAAGCAAAGAAAAAUUACUCCAUAUAAGAACAGAACUUUUCCAAUGAGAGCACUUCUGUGGACACUGCUCCGCUAUAUCAGAUAGAUGAUUUGUCCACAAGCUUGCACGUAUAAUGAACGCCCAGCUGUCGAUGGAGAACAUUGGCGAUCUGCACGGAGUGAGCCAUGAACCGGUCCACAGCGCGGCGGAUCUCAUGACCGGAGACAGCGCUCAUCACAGGAGUCAUCGGAGCAGUCUGUCAGCCCAUGCGCGCUCCAUGGGCAUGGCUUCAAUCCUGGACAGCGGCGACUAUCAUCACCACCGGCCCCCGGAGCAUCCCGGGCUCGCCACGCACCUGCACCCGGCCAUGAGCAUGGCAUGCGAGGCUCCCCCCGGGAUGAGCAUGAGCAGCACCUAUACCACCCUCACUCCGCUGCAGCCUUUACCGCCCAUCUCCACCGUCUCCGACAAAUUUCCGCACCACCAUCAUCAUCACCACCACCACCAUCACCACCCGCACCAAAGGAUCCCGGGGAACGUCAGCGGGAGCUUCACCUUGAUGAGGGACGAUAGGGGUCUGGCUCCGAUGAACAACCUCUACUCUCCCUACCACAAGGAUGUUGCCAGUAUGGGACAGAGCCUUUCGCCCUUGUCUGGAUCCGGACUGAGCGGCAUUCACAACUCGCAGCAGGGGCUGCCGCCGUACGCGCACCCCGGGGCCACCAUGCCCGCCGAGAAGAUGCUUACACCCAACGGAUUCGAGGCACAUCACCCCGCGAUGUUGGCUCGACACGGGGAGCAGCACAUGAGCGCGUCUUCGGCGAGCAUGGUGCCGAUCAACGUCAUCCACCAUCACCCGCACGCCCAUCUCAACGCCCAGGGCCACGGACAGGUGCUGGGCUCCACUCGGGAGCAGAACCACUCCUCCGUUCCCGGAUCGCAGCUCAACAACGGUAGCAGUUCGGGUCAGAUGGAAGAGGUCAAUACCAAAGAAGUGGCCCAAAGGAUCACCACUGAACUCAAAAGAUACAGCAUUCCACAGGCCAUCUUCGCCCAGAGGGUGCUGUGUCGCUCGCAAGGGACGCUUUCGGACCUGCUCCGGAACCCUAAGCCCUGGAGCAAGCUCAAGUCUGGUCGGGAAACCUUCCGUAGGAUGUGGAAAUGGUUGCAGGAGCCUGAGUUUCAGAGAAUGUCCGCGCUCAGGCUCGCAGGUGAGAGAACAAUAGCGUGCAAACGAAAGGAGCAGGAGCACGGUAAAGGCGAGCGGGGAAACAUCUCCAAGAAGCCCCGGUUGGUCUUCACCGAUGUCCAGCGUCGGACUUUACAUGCAAUAUUCAAAGAGAACAAGCGUCCGUCCAAAGAGUUACAAAUCACCAUCUCUCAGCAGCUGGGCCUGGAGCUCGCCACCGUCAGCAACUUUUUCAUGAACGCGCGUCGACGGAGCCUCGAUAAGUGGCUGGACGACGGCAGCUCCAACUCGGCCAACUCCUCCUCCUCCAGCACUUGUACCAAAGCAUGAUGGAGUAACGGCUGCAUUGUGGGGAAAAAAAGAAAAAAAAAACUUCGGUGGAAAAGCUUUAAACAAAGAAAACUUAACAAAAGACAAUUUUAGACAGCGUUUGCCCUUAAAACUUGUACAGUACCGAUAUUUAUAAUAUCCAAAGAAAAACACCAAAGACUGCUUUGACCUGCAUUUAGGACUUUGUUCGUUUAGCCUAUGUCUGACAUUCUGCAAAAAAACAAAAAAAAAAAA